UGGUUCUCUCUCUCUCUCUCUCUCUCUCUCUCGCUCUCUCUCUCUCACACACACACACUGUGUCUGUGUUUGUGUGUGUGUGUGUGUGUGUGUGUGUGUGUAAAGUUCAGCAGAACGUGUCAGAUCUUCCAGACACAGUGCUGUUACGCUGUGAAAGACAUGACGAAAGAUGUCCCUCUGCUUCCUGCUGCUGUGUUGAGACUUGACCUGGAGAACAAAGUCCACUGGGGAGGAGAUGAUGAACUAGCGCCAUCAUGAGGAGGAGACUGAAAACACACACACACUGCACCUUCUGAUCACUGAGAACCUGGAACAUGAGAAGCUGGUGAGGAACCAAGAUGGAUAAGGGUUAACAGGAACAUGUGUAAUCUGUUGACAAGAUGUGAUGAACGAUAAGAAACAUGAUUUCAUGACGGAGCUGUAAACUGCUUCCCUCACCAGCCUCAAUCUAUUCUCUCAAAACAACACAACUCCUGAUUGUUACACAUCACUGACAGUGGAGACUCCUUCCACACAUGACACGAGCUGUUACUAUAGAAACCAUAAUUUAUCAGAGCGAGCGUUUUUGUUAUAAACCUCUCAGAGAUGCUGAGAAUAAAUCAAGACCUUCUGACCAACCGGAGAUUUAGCAGCACCUGGUGGAAUAGAAGAUGAUCAUUUCAUAGUUAGUGUAGGGCUGAAUGACAUGGAUCAAAGUAAAAUGAAUGUGUGCUGAAGUUCUAAUGAAGGUUCAUGUGUUUUUUAUAGACAUGCUCCUCUCUGUGAUCUUUGGAGAACCUGUGCAUGAAAGUGUUAAUAUGUUCAACUCAUAAUCAUCUCAGGUUAUAGUGAAGUUCUCUCUCUCUCUAUCUCUCUCUCACACACACACACACUCUCUCUCUCUCUCUCUCUCUCUCUCUCUCUCUCUCUCUCUCUCCGCCCCUAAACUGUAGCUCCAGUUGAACCCUGCUGAACUUCUCCUGCUCCUGAGUUCUUCUCCUGCGCUUCAUCAUCAUCAUCAUGACUCUCCAGCUGCGUGAAGCUCUUCUGCUGCUCCUGCUCCUCCACAGCUCUCUGUCGGACUUCUACUUUCCAGAUGCACAUCGAGAACAUUCGCUUCGAUACCAUGGUGACUUUUCCAUCGUCCACCCUGAGAAGGUGGACUCAGACGGUCGCUUCGUCUCUCACAAAUUGUCACAUCACUUUGCGAGCAGCAGGAGGCGGAGUCGGCGUGAGGUGGGCGUACACUACAACGCACGGGUCUAUUACAAAGUGAAACUUAAUGGAAGGGAUUUAACCCUCAACCUCACUGUCAACAACAACCUUCUGUCACACGGCUACGUGCUGGAGUGGAGAAGCCAGAACAGGAGUGAGAACGGACCCACGGGUCACAUGGAGAACCAGUGCCACCUCAUCGGCACGGUAACGGACGGAGACGUGGAAGGAACCGCCGCCCUCAGCAGCUGUAACGGCCUGACAGGCAUGCUCUCUCUCCCUGCUGGAGUGUUCCUGAUGGAGCCUAUGCGAGGUCACACACCGAACCUCACACACCCUCAGCACCCUCACGUGAUGUACCGUAACACAGCGUGGCCGAGCGUCCGAUCUCGCCGCAGCACACACACACUCCGGGAUAAGCACGCCUCAUGCGGGGUCAAAGACACUCUGGAGCACUCUCAGCAGGUAGAACAGGAGCGAGAGCGUUGGGAGCGAGAGCGGCGAGGCCCGGGGCGAGUGCUGAGUCGGCGCUCAGUCAGUACGGAGCGCUGGGUGGAGACCAUGGUGGUGGCCGACUCCAAAAUGCUGCAGUACCACGGCAACAACAACGUGGAGAGCUACAUCUUCACCGUCAUGAACAUGGUGGCAGGUAUCUACCAUGACGCCAGUAUUGGCAAUGCGAUCCACAUCGUUCUGGUGCGUCUCGUCCUGCUGCAGUCAGAGGAGAAAGGUCUAAAGAUUGUCCAUCACGCAGAUUCCACUUUGAACAGUUUCUGUAGCUGGCAGAAGACCCUGAACCCUCAGAGCGACACACACCCUGCACACCACGACGUAGCAGUGCUCAUAACACGAAAGGACAUCUGUGCAGGUAAGAACCAACCAUGUGAGACGCUCGGACUCUCUCACCUGUCUGGAAUGUGCCAACCUCAUCGUUCCUGCAACAUCAACGAGGACUCUGGACUUCCUGUCGCCUUCACCAUCGCACACGAGCUCGGACACAGUUUUGGGAUUCAGCAUGAUGGACAGGGGAAUGACUGGAAUGACUGUGAGCUAGUGGGUCGUGCUGCUUUUAUUAUGUCCCGUCAGCUUCAGUACGACUCGUCACCUCUCACCUGGUCCACCUGCAGCAAGCAGUACAUUACAAUCUUCCUCGAUCGUGGGUGGGGAUUUUGUUUAGAUGAUCGCCCCUCUAAGAAGGACAUGACGACGGCGCUUCUUGCCCCGGGGGUGAAGUACACUCGGCAGCACCAGUGUCAGAUGCAGUAUGGACCCAACGCCACGCUGUGUCCCGAAACUGACAACGUGUGUCAGAUCCUGUGGUGCUCAGUGGAUGGGUCUUGUCGCUCCAAACUAGACGCACCUAUAGAUGGAACCAGAUGUGGACCAGGAAAGUGGUGUAUCUCAGGUGAGUGUGUAACGGUGGGGAAGUUACCCGAGACGGUGAAAGGUGGGUGGGGCCAGUGGGGCACCUGGUCUCACUGCUCGCGCACCUGCGGCUCCGGCGUCCAAUCAGCAGACAGAGAAUGUGACAAGCCAAAGCCAGCGUUUGGAGGGAAGUACUGUACAGGUGAGAGGAAACGCUACAGGAUUUGUAACACGGCACCGUGUGUAAAGAAGAAGCCGUCGUUUCGAGACAUGCAGUGCAGCGAGUUUGACACGGUUCCAUACCACAACCAGCUGUUCCAGUGGAUCCCCAUCACCCGACACAGUCAGCCGUGUGAGCUGCAGUGUAGGCCUGUGAAUGAGGAUUUCUCCGAAAGGAUGCUGGAGGCGGUGACUGAUGGAACUCCGUGUUUCUCCAACAGCAGCAGGAGCAUCUGCAUCAAUGGUGUGUGCAAGGAGGUGGGGUGUGAUUAUGCAAUAAACUCAAAGGCGAAGGAGGAUCAGUGUGGUGUGUGUCUGGGUGACGGCUCCAGCUGUGAGACACUGAAUGACACUUUUUCACAGACUGAAGGAUACGGCUACACAGACAUGGUGCUGAUUCCUGCAGGAGCGAGGGAUAUCGUGAUACAGGAAGUGGAGGAGGCGGCGAACUUCCUGGCGAUGCGUGCAGUAAACUCUGAUAAAUAUUUCCUCAACGGCAAUUACAUCAUCCAAUGGAAUGGCGAGUAUCAGGUGGGCGGAGUCACGUUUUACUACGAACGCAGUGGCAACCUGGAGAACCUCACAUCACCCGGACCUACAACAGAACCUGUAAUGAUUCAGCUGCUGUUUCAGGAGACAAACCUCGGCGUGCGGUACGAGUUCAUCAUGAAGAAGAACACCUCAGGGGAUAAUGAUCUGCUGGAACCUCAGUACCUCUGGAAAUACGGAGCCUGGACUGAGUGCAGCGCCACCUGUGGACAAGGUGAGCAGCAGCAGCCGGUGCGGUGUUUUAGAGCAGAUGUUGGAGUGGUGGAUGAGGAGUUGUGUGAUGGGGAAACUCGGCCUGAGGACAGACAUCGUCACUGUAAGGACAUGGACUGUCCUGCCAGGUGGUGGGUGGGUGGAUGGCAGUCGUGUUCGGCCUCCUGCGGUUCUAAUGGAGUGAGAAAGCGCACGGUUCUAUGUGUUAGAACCGUAGCAGGAGAGGAGAGAGUGCUGCACCCCGGCGACUGCAGGAAACUCCCCAGACCUAAAGCUGUGGUGAGCUGCAACCGCAACGUGACCUGCGGCUCGGCCUGGACGGUGGGAAAUUGGAGCCAGUGCUCUCUGACCUGUGGGGGAGGGGUGAAAUCUCGGGACGUGAAGUGUGUAUUAGAGCCCCAGAUCCGCUGUGACCCUGUGACCCGACCUCGAUCCACAACCUUCUGCAACCUCCAGAGCUGCUCCAGAAUCCGAGCACAACCUUCCACCCCGACCCCGGAGCAUGAGCCAGAUGACCUCACACCUACACCCACACCAUACACAUCACACACUCCUACGCCGAGUGUGUUACACAGAGACGAUCAGGAUUUCAUCCUGGUUAAUAAGAGCAGUGUGGAGAACAUCACACACACCGGUGAAGAGGAGGAGGAGGAGGAGGGCAGCACGGACCUUCAGCACGGAGCAGCGUACACACCAGGAUAUGACUACAUCAUGGAGGACGAGAGAGAGGACGGGUUCACCGUUCAUACACCUCUCAGCACUACACACACAUCUCACACCACUGUACAACCAGACACAACACACACAUUCCUUACUACAGCAAAACCAGUCAGGACAAGAACAAACACACACAUACCUGCUAAAGCACACACACACACAAACACACACAGAAGUACCUCUCAGAAUCCACAUACACACAAGCAGAAGGUCCAGGUGAGAUCACACAACCCUUCACACACACACUCAGCAAUGAAGAAGCUCAAACACACACACAGGAACUCCAGCAGAUCCAAAGUGACCAAAACAGGAAGAGGCAGGAGCACAGCGGCAUUCUGGGUCACGGGCAACUGGAGUGAGUGCUCUACCUCCUGUGGGCUGGGAGCAGUGUGGAGGUCAGUAGCGUGUAGUUCUGGACACGAUUCUGACUGCAGCAGUACAGCGAAGCCUGAACCUGCACAACACUGUAACCUUCAACCCUGUGCUGUAUGGAGAAAGUGUGUUAAUGGAUGUGUGAGCGGUGUGAAGUACAGGGAUGUGCAGUGUGUCGACUCUCAGAGCGGCAGAGUGUUGAGACCUUUUCACUGCUCAGACCAACAACCUCCUACACUAGAGUGGAAACACACACACUGGGGACAGUGCUCUCAGAGUUGUGGAGGUGGAGUGAUGGAGCGCUGGGUGUUUUGUCCGGAGCCUGAACGCUGUGACACGAGUCUCAGACCUGAAAGCUCUGCCCCCUGUAACCUUCAGCCGUGUGUGUUGUGGGCUACUGAACCCUGGCAGCAGUGUUCGAGGAGCUGUGGUGGAGGUGUACAGAAGCGAGUGAUCAGGUGUGUGAGCGAGGGAUCAGGAGACGAGGUGAACAGCGCAGUGUGUGUGGAAAGCGACCGGCCUGAGAGUUUACGUGUGUGUGGUGAGGAGGAGUGCACACCUGAGAGAGAUGUGUCUCAGGUGUGUAAGAGAGACAGCAUGUCCGCUCGCUUCUGCUCCACCCUGAAGCUGCUCGGUCGCUGCGUCCUCAACUCCAUCCAGAAACAGUGCUGCCUCACCUGCGGCCUGUAAGAUCCGCCCACCCAGGGGUCAGGGGUCAGAGUCACGCUGGAUCAUCAUCAGCCCUCAGACUGUACAAUACUGGACCUUCAGCACAAUCACACACACACACACACACACACACACACACACACACACACACACACACACACACACACACACGUGCUAUUUACUUGAAGCUUGUGUGUAUGUGAGAAUUGAAACCUGUCAGCAUGAGUGUGAGAUUUUUAUAUCACUUUCUAUAAUAUCAAAAACUACUCCACCUCCUCCAUGAUGGACACCACGGUCAUGUCCAGGAGCUUUACAGAUGUUUCACAUGACCACAUGUGCAGCUGUGAUCAUUUAUCAACAGUUCAGAAUGAAACACACACGUAUUGUAUGUAAUAUGAGUUGUGUUACAGUGAGGUAUGUGUGAUCACACCCUGGUCCACUCCACGGAGAAAGCUGAAGCUCAUCAUCAACCUCCACACACACCAUCUAUGCAGAGAGACAGGGAACAUGUGGAGCUGUGAAUCAGCAAACUGUCCAUCAGCUGCUGUGCUACUUAA